GCAUCCCCAACUUCCCCAACUACCACCUUACGUACGCAACCAAUCGCACAGCUCACCGCAGCUCUCUAGCCUGUCCCCGGCGCUCCAAUGGCGCGUAGCCAGCUGGAUGACUGUUCGGCAACCGAUUGGGAGCCGCUUACCUGCGGUUCACGCCAACUCCUCCUAGAUUGUGUUAGUAAGAACCUCAGUCACCAAACUCCACCUCUUCAUCCCCACAAAGUUACAGCAUUGUGAAACAUACCGCUACAGUGACUACACCCCGACAUUUGCCCACCACCACCCAACCACCACCACCACUAUGACAAGAAAACAAACGGCAACAAACCUGAUCUGGCCAGAUGAUGACGACGCCCAGGAUGACCUAACCCACCUGGACCCGAUCCCGUCCUACGAAGAAUCCCUCGUCGCCCCGCGGCCCCCGGGUGACGGCAGUAGUCCGGCCCUGCACAUCCUGGGCGCCACCUGGGGCGGCGUCACGGUGACCCCUGACAUCCAGGCGCUGGCCGGCAAUAACAGCGACACGCUCACGCUGGACAUGCGCAAUAUCUUCCGCCACCUGACGCCGGACCCGGCGCCGGGCAAGACCAAAGUGCUCACGGUGAUGUACCGCUUCAACAACAGCAACAACAACAGCGCAAAGGGCGGCAGCGAUGAGGAGGACGAGGGCCUGCGCCUGCUGCUCGCACCCGAGGGCGAGUCGCCGUCGCGGGUGACGCUGACGCGGCACGCGACGGCCGAGCAGCUGCGCCGCUCGGUGGGGCGGAACUCGAUGCACGUGAAGCUGGCGGCGGCAGCGGGAGCGGGGGCGGGGCCCGGUGCGCGGCCGUUGGGGUCGCAGCGCGGGCAGGUCGAGAUCCUGGCCGUGCUGUACGGGCCGAGGCGGAUCGACGACCCGGCCGUACUGCGGGAGCUGGCCCUGUUCUUUGAGGGCCGCCGCGGCCAGAUCCGCAUGACGAACCGCUUCUUUGGCGGCGAUCCGUGGCCGUACAAGCAGAAAUCGUGGUCCGUCUACUUCCGCUUUCUGGGCUCCCCGCGCGUGCAGGUCGUGACCGGGUGGGAGGACGGCGCGUUGGAGGUGCCUUGGACCAGGGACUGCUGAAUACAGUACCUACCUAGGUAGUCAGCUUCCUUGGAAGGCUGGGUCAGGUCUUGUAAAGGCGGAAGGUGAGCUAUGUGCUGGUUUCCCGCGUACGGUUCGUGAUUUCACUUUAACAUGGCCCGGUCAGUUUGGCCGUGUAGAAAGCACAAUGGCGGGGAUAAGUUGUUGUGAUGCUGUCCUAAGUACGCGUGUUGGCUUCCAAAUGUCAUUUAUCUCACAGAUCCAAGAGGGCACGGUCGGCCAUUGAUGUGCGAGUUCCAGGGUAUGAACGACGACCCCGAGCGGCCAGUGGCGGUCCAACGGCCUUACUCUCGGGUCCUCCCAUUUAUCGACGGAGGGGCCCAGCCGGUGAGCCUUUGGAGUGCUGGUGUCUCUCAGGUCGCUGCCGGUAAUACUGCAUAUCUCAAUACUUCAUGGGUUUCCUGCUGUUUGGAUAGCUCAUGUUCAGACACAUCUGC